AUGUCCGAACAUCAACAGGACAAGUAUUCCAAGUGGUCUUCAACUGUAGACGAUGAAGUCUUGAAAAAGAAGCAAUCGUUUGGCUUCAUGCUCAAAAAGCGGAAAGACGAACUGUUGCGGAGUUGGAAAAGCAACGUUGCCAUAAGCACAGCAUGGAAAUGCAUGAGAGCCUGGGGUACUUCCACUUAUGAUGGAGAUGAGAGAAAAGACGUUGUCCAGUACCGUCAUGCAUGGGCAAAAAGAAUGAUGGCAUACAAGGAGUAUAUGUCAGAAUUUACCAGGGAAAACGAAGAGAUCGAGGUGUCUCCUCUUCUUUCGGAGAACCAGAAGAAGCUGGUCAUGGUAACCCAUGACGAGUCCACAUUCUACGCGCAUGGUGGAAAGGUAGACGUGUGGCUUGAAGAGAACGAAAGCCACACCCGCAAGAAAGGGCAAGGUCGUGUCCUUAUGGUGGGCGAGUUCCAAUGUGCUUGCCACGGCACCAUGCGAGUGAAGGGAUGGGUAUCCUGCAAGAUCUUUAACGUUGGUGCCGCAUAUGAAGGUUACUGGACAAGCGAAGACAUGUUUGACCAGCUUAAGAAGCAUGCCAUCCCUCUGUUCGAAAGUCUGCACGAGGGAUGCACCGAUGCCUUGGUUGCCAGCCGCAUGGUUUUGAAGUCGAAACUCGUCACAGAAAAUGAUAAGUUUCACUUCAAAGAGAUUGCGUUUUUGAGGGAUGGAUGCAUCAUCCUUCAAUCGUUUUAUGAGACAGUUACUGAAGCUGGAAGAAAAGGAAAGGGGCCGAUUGAGAAGAGGCAGUUUAUUGGCGUCCAAAGGAUUCUUCAGGAGCGUGGACUUUGGAUUGAACUGGAUAUAUCCAAUCUUUCCAGAAAAUGGAGAAUAGACUGCAAUAGAGAGGAAGCCGAGAAUCACUGCUUCUGUGCCCGCCACCUCUUGGCCUUUCAACCUGACUUUGCUGGACAGAAGACAGCCAUUCAAGAGAUUGUAGAAGUGCCUGGUCACAUAUUCGAGCUGUACCCAAAGUUCCAUUGUGAAUGCAAUUGGAUCGAGCGUUACUGGGGUGCAGCCAAACGUGUGGCUCGCCUAAACUGCGACUAUUCUUUCAAGUCGUUGGAAAAGAAUCUCCCAUCCUUACUGGACGGUGCCUCUCCUGUGACUGGUCCUCCUACCAUGAUCAGGAGAUUUUAUAAGAAGACCUGGAGGUAUAUUGAGGCUUAUAGCAAGUUUUUGGAUGCUAAGGAUGCUGAUGCUGAGGUGAAGAAAUUCACCUCAAGAAUCAGUAAAUCUCACCGCAGCAUUGGUAUCCAUGACUAA